AAGUCCCACAGCUUCCAGAGACUGAGAAGAAUGGCAUCACAGGGUAUCUAUAAGAGGUGUGAAGAACCUGAGAAAUAUGGGAAGAAACCAAGCAUGAUAUUGGAAAGAGCAGGUAGUUUCCUGCCACAAAGCUGUCGAUGUGGUUCAGAGGGAAUAUCCAUACCCAUCAUUUACCUUGUGAACAUUGCAUCAUUAUUCUUGUGGAUCAUCACUGUUGCUGUUAUGAUUUCAAAAUAUUCUGAGAUGUCCAAGCAACUAGAAGAGCUGCACAGGAAUCAAACUUCACUGAGUAUAAAUGGUCUCAACACAGAGAAGCAGUUGCAGGUGUUUCACUCCAACCAUUCUGCCUAUGAAUCAGUGCUAAAUAACAACUUGCAGAAACUGAAGGCUGAUCAGAAUAGCACGAAAAAGGAUGUGAGCAACAGAAUGGAUCAGAUGGAAAUUCAAAGUGGAAAGAAUUCAGAGAGGAUCUUUAAAUUAAUAGCUGCAAUCCACAAGAUCAAUGCUUCAGGCUGCCAGUUAUGUCCAGAAGGUUGGCUGCUGAACAGAGGACAAUGCUACUACUUUCAAGUGAUGAGUAAACACUGGUCUUUUGCGAAGAAGUCAUGCGAGGACCACGGAGGCUCCAUGGUUGUCAUUAAUGAUAGGGAUGAGCAG